AUGGACAGUCAGCCACAAUUGAAGGGGGGGGUUGAUGGGAUAACAACCACAAGCUUCCAGUAUAAAUUGCUACGCGAAGAAGAGCAGGAAGUUCGGAUUGUAACGAUUAUGCCCGAAAGUACGGGACAGAAAGUGCGAUGUUCCUUGGCGACCGUAUCAUUGAAGAAACGGCAGCAUUUUGACGCCCUUUCUUAUGUCUGGGGUGGUGAUGAGACCAAGGGGAACCAUGAAAUCACUUUGGAUGGGCAUCCCUUCGCAGUUACCGCUAAUCUCGCCACGGCGCUACAUCAUCUCCGACAGAGAGAAAAGCCCCGAUCGAUGUGGGUUGAUUAUAUCUGCAUUAACCAGGGAGAUCUUGAUGAGAAGAAUGUACAGGUCGCGCUCAUGGGGCAGAUCUACCGAAAGGCCAACCGCGUGGUGGCAUAUCUGGGGGACCUGACACCACAGCUCGAGCGGAGCAUUACCUGGACGGAGAGGUAUACCCAGAGAAAAGUCAACAGCAGAACACUCUUCUGGUGGAAACUCGACUUCAAAGCCUGGUGGAGUCGCAACACGGAAUACAACAAGAACUCAGCCACGCUUGAUGCCUGUCUUGGGAAGAAACACCUGAUUCAUCUUCCAUAUUGGACCCGCAUGUGGACGUACCAGGAGUAUCACCUACCGCGACACGACCCGAUCUGCAUGUGCGGAAACCUUGUCUUCAAAAGCACGGUUAUCACUGAUAAGGCAAGCAACCAACUGGACGAUGCACAAGUCGCUAUCAUACGGAAGACUCGGCUCCGCAAGGAGCAUGAUCAGCGAGCGCGGUCGCAGUACGAGCAGGCCAAUAACUUUAAUCCCAAACCCGACUCUGCCCUGUACGGCAUGUUCACCAACCACGCUGGGCGGAAUUACCUGGUACGCAAUCGUUUCAGUAAGAUCCCAAAUGAGCCUCUUGGGGACCUUAUGGCCCGAACAGCGUCCCAUUCUUGCCGCGAUCCACGGGACAAGAUCUUUGCUCUGUACGGGAUGGCGCCAGCCGCCCAACAGGCGUAUCCCGCUGAUUACAAAAAGCCCGUACAGCAGGUGCUACGGGAGACGACGGAGUUUAUAUUCAACCGGGAGAUGGGUCCAGCGAUCUUCCGCUUCUUCCCCGUCCGGCCGAAUAAUAUCCAUGACGAGUCGCUCCCGUCGUGGGUACCCGAUUUUACUCGGGAAGCGUGCCGAAUGACACGCCAAUCUCAAUAUAGUUUGCUCCGCCCCGACGAAUCCCUGACGACGCCCAUCGAUCCCCAUCAAUCUCGGGUUUUGGAUGACCUUGCCACGUUGCAUCUCUGGGCCCGGCCCGUGGGGCGCUGCAAAUUUCUCUUCCAGUUCAGCUCGGACGAGCGUGAGGUCGCAUCCCAGAUCUGGGAAUGUUUCCAGUCGCCCGACGCGCUCGGGAACAGUAUCUGGAUGUCAUCGGGUCUCUCCGAGAGAUUCCUGCGAGCUUGUCUCUCACAUCGCUGGAUAUGCUACCAGUUCGGGAUGGAUGAGAUUGCGGAAACCUUGCAACAGAUGGUCCAGGGGUGGACUGGUGGUGUGGGUGGUGGCGGGCUCAUCGGCGAGUGUUGGGCAAUGUUGGAGGAAGAAUUGCGUUGCAAUUCCAGCAAGACUGUUUUCCGAGUGCUCACCUCCGACGGCACUGAUGGGUUUGGGAUCAGCGGUGUUGGCGUUCAGGACGAAGACUUGGUGGUGGUGGCCUCGGGGGCCCGUGAGCCUCUGGUGUUGCGUGGCAAGGCCGAGCCAGCGAGUCGGUACCAGUUGGUAGGGCAGGCCGUGGUGGACGGGGUGUAUGAGGAACAAAUUCCGAAUCCUGUAUCUGACCAGACCCAGAGGAGACCUUUUGAGGAAUUUGUUCUAGAAUAG